CAUGCUGCUCUAACACUGUUGCUUCAGUAUUAAUAAUCUAAUGAUGUCAUACAUAAUAAUAUAUCAGUCAGAGGGACGAAAUGAGUACUUUAAUACUUCAGGUAUAUUUUGCAGCUAAUACUCAUAUACUUUUACUGUAGUAGGAUUUUUCAUGCAGGACUUUUACUUGUAAUGGAGUAUUUUUACUUUGCUGUACUGGUAUUUUUCUUCCACCAGCUGAUUACACUCAUGUACAUGUGUGCUGGCUGCAUUAAUAUGAUGCUUUCAUAUAGGAGCCUAUACAUGUUGGCAUCCUGACCAAAUGUAACAGGACCUGCACCACUCCCCACUGCUCCACCAAUCAGCGUCAAGUCAUUUGACCUCUAAUAACCUCCCCUUUUGUGCCAACUGGCGUCCACCAAUCAAAUGUCACGCUUGUGUCACGCCUUCAAUGACUUCUUGAAUGAGACCUUGCUGGUUAAUAAAGCCGGUUACUACAACUAGAUUACUAUUUUAUUAAUAUGCUGAUGUUGAGGCCCUUUUUUUCUCUGAAGUUGUUCAUAAGAAUAGUCCGGGUGAUGUUAAAUUAUUAACCGAGAAGUAAUUAAAAAUAUUUCUAACACAAACUGUUUAAAACACAAACUAGUGUUACUGUUUAAGGACUUUAUUACCUGAAUGACAUUUCAUAUUUGGGGGGGUUUCUGGCUUCAUCUCAGCUGAGCAGAGUCUCGAAUUUCAAAGCGGAACUCAAGUUGACUUUGAGUGUUUGUUUCCACACGAACAAAUAACCUCGCUUAUCAGCGUUACGUAGCGGAGAUGGCAGCCCUCCGAUCGGCACUCCAUGGACGAUUUGUUCAGGCCCUUCCCUUUUGCUUUGGUUCACAGCGCUUCGCCAGCUCCUUUAAGGCAGCAGAUCUCAGCGUUGAACGCAAUGCGGCAUGCAAGCCGAGGCCCGACCCUUCCACCUUGGUGUUCGGCAAACACUUCUCCGACCACAUGUUGACCAUCAACUGGUCGGAGAAGGACGGCUGGGAGGCACCUCGGAUCAUGCCUUUCCAGAACCUGUCGCUGCACCCCGCCAGCUCUGCCCUGCACUACUCCAUAGAGCUGUUUGAAGGCAUGAAGGCGUUUCGUGGAGUCGACAACCACAUCCGUCUGUUCAGACCCAUGCUGAACAUGGAGAGGAUGCAUCGGAGCGCGGACAGAAGCUGCCUUCCUCUGUUUGACAAAGGUGAACUGCUGGAGUGCAUCAGGAAGCUGGUGGAGGUGGACCAGGAGUGGGUUCCCUAUUCCCAGGACGCCAGCCUCUACAUCAGACCCACCUUCAUAGGAAUUGAGCCGUCCCUCGGCGUGUCUCGGCCAGGAAGAGCUAUGAUCUUUGUCAUCAUCGGCCCAGUGGGACCCUACUUUGCCACGGGGUCCUUCAACCCCGUUUCUCUGCUGGCGGACCCUUCGUUCGUCAGGGCUUGGAAAGGAGGCGUCGGGGCUUAUAAGAUGGGAGGUAACUACGGCCCUACGAUAGCGGUGCAGAACGAGGCGGUGAAGAGAGGCUGUCAGCAGGUCCUGUGGCUGUACGGAGAACAGGAGGAGAUCACCGAGGUCGGCACCAUGAACCUCUUCAUCUACUGGACCAAUAAGGAAGGAGAGAGAGAGUUGGUGACCCCUCCUCUGGAUGGCAUCAUUCUUCCAGGAGUCACCAGACAGUCUCUGCUGGACCUCGCUAGAAUCUGGGGUGAGUUCAAGGUGACGGAGCGUACGAUGAACAUGAAGGAGCUGCUGGAGGCUCUGGACGCCGGAAGGGUCCUGGAGGUGUUUGGAGCGGGGACUGCAUGCGUCGUCUGUCCUGUCGGCAGCCUCCUCUACAAAGGAAAGACGUACCAGAUCCCUACUAUGCAGAACGGUCCAGACCUGGCAAAGAGGUUCCACAAAGAGCUUACUGAUAUUCAGUAUGGACGCAAACAAAGUGAAUGGGCACCACUGGUCGCUUAAGCGGCCAUUUUGCACAGGCCAAUUGUAUCAACAGUUAGUUAAUUAAUUCCAGUUUGGACGACCAGCAGACUCCCCCCCACCCCCACCCCACCUCACACUCUCAACCCACUAAUGCACUCCUGCUUACUUACUCAACCCGAGGAGACGGACGCCUCUCUCUGUCGGUCUUCUCAAGCAACUGUUACAGAUGUUCCUCACUCCGUGGGCUCUCAUAAGAAUACGGUUGGUGGUUUGAAUGUAGCUUUGGAGAGCAAUAUUCACGACGAUAUGCAACGUUCUGACUUGACAUGACCUUUAACCUCGAGCUACUUGCUACAAGCCAAGUAAAACAGUCUCACUGAGGAACAAGAAAACAAGCAAGCGACCAGAUGAUAAAAACAUAAAGAUGAGAAGUGCCUGGUAGUGAUAUCUAUUAUUCUGCUAGCAAGAGUGCUUUCAAAUCUUUACAACAGGCGUCUAAUUGGGUCAUCCGGCUUAAAGGCUACACUCCAUUCAAGUUUUUGUCCAAAUAUUCACUUGGAUUAAAUCCUUGUGUUUCCUGUGGACAGUGCUCAUAGUUAAUAGCACAAAUAUCUCAUUUUCAUCAACAUUGCAUUCAGGCAUUAACAAAAAAAAAAAGGCACAAACUGACACAUUUCAGGCAU